GCUUGAGGGUGAGAAAAUAAGAGCAUUUUAAUUUUUGGGUGAACUAACCCUUUCAUUUGAUGCAUGGAAUAAAUACGUCAUAUGGGUUUGGAACAACAUGGUGGUGAAUGAUGACAAUUUCCAUUAUUAACAAUAAUAAUUAUUAAUAAUUCUGUAAUGCAUGUUAAAUGUGUAUCAUGUAUUGGAAUACAGGAGAGUAAACAUCCAUUAUGUUAUAUGUGAAAGUAACUAGUUACUCACUACUAAAUUAUUCUUUUUAUUGGAUUUUCUUACUCUUACUAGAGUAAUUUAUAACAUUAUUACGUUUACUUCUACUUGAGUAAUUAUUUUUUUAAGUAAUUGUACUUUUACUUGAGUAAAGUUUUUGGCUACUCUACCCACCUCUGCACAUUACUUGUAAACAUUCUGACAGUGGGUGCUUUCUAUAUGGCUGGAGGACAUGCUUUCUUUUUAGGAACAACAUCUCAGCACAAGUGGAUUGGAGAUAGUAGUUGUACAGUGGUGGCAUUAAAGGGAUAGUUUGCCAAAAAUUAAAAUGUAAGCUGCGCUGAGCACAUGAACACCUUACGCUGUUGCAAAAUAUGAAAAGCAAAAAAUUGUGUAUGACUUUAGAUAUCACAUGCAAGCACUAACCUGUAGCCUUCAUACAACAAAUUUCACCAUUGUUGGAUUUUAGAAUGGACACAAUGACUGUUGAUGAGAAGGGGUUAGGGAAUCUAAUCAUUAAAUUCUACAUAUUAUAUGAAGGAACACAGGAAACACAUAGGUAGAUGUUGUAUCUAAGCUGCAUAUUCUAUACUGUCCAGUGGUGGAAUUAAGGUUUGCCAAAAAGAUGACAAUUCUGUUCAUUUGUAACAGUCUCCCCUUAUUAGGGAGAGUACACAGAAAUAAAACACAAUUCAGAAGCCAUGCACCUUGCUUGUAUGCAGUGGUGUAAAGUAUUUGAGUAAAUGUACUUUGUUACUGUACUUAAGUAUUUUUUUGGCUACUUUGUACUUGUACUGAGUAUCAAAAAUAUAAGCAACUUUUACUCUCUACUCGACUACAUUUUUGAUUGAAUAUAUGUACUCUUUACUCCACUACAUUUGAACUGACACUUACCGUACUCGUUACAUUGUGAUUGUGCACAACAAGUCAACAACUUUCUGCAGUGGCUUAUUUCUUGGGUGGAAGAGGCGAUAUCACCAUCUGCAGGUUAUUGAAGGUACUGGAUGCUAUUUGCCUAUAUGCGCUAAAUGAGGCUACUCCACGUGAACGUGAAUUAGCAGCUUGCCAAAUGCCAGGUGUUUCACAUAAAUUAGCGACAUGGCUGCAGCCACUGAUGAAGCCGAAGCCAGCACAUCAUGCAGUGCCAGCACUGACGACCAUCCAUGGCCUUAUUUGAAAGAAAUGUUUUCAUUUGCCGGUGUACAGAAUGACUCUUACAGGAUGCAGUGUCUACUUUGUUUGCCACGUACCACGAAAAUAAGUGCUUUUAAGAAUUCAUCGUCAAAUUUGAGGAAACACAUUGAGGUAAGAGUCUAUUUAAUGGUAAUUUAAUGUGAAUUUAGCUAAAUUAAUCUACACAGACCAUGUCUGACUUUACAACGGUAUUGUAAGCAUAAUGUUUGUUAACAACAUUACAAACUUUGCUGUCUGUUAGCAAUACCAAAAGUUAAUACAGUUACUGAUAUGGCAAAAACCACUGCGACAUGACUGUAUUUUAGUUUAAAAUUUUUAGUGCAAUGUGAAUAAAUGUAUCACUGAAAUCUAAUGAUCUAAUCCAUUUGAUUGUUGAAUAUGGGAGGUCUGCUAACAGAUUAUACAUUUUGCAUCAGGUGUAUUUAGCUGUGAGUUUGUGAUGUAUUUAUCAUUGAAUUUACAUGUAUUUUACUAAGUUGAAAAAUAACACUGCUCCUCUUUGUUUCAUUUUAAUACAGAGAAAACAUCCUAAUCACUUGAAAAACUACUCAGACCUGACCUCGAUCGCUCAGAAGAGGAAGAAUGUGAGCAAAAAUAUGGAGCCCCUAACGAAACAACUCAAAAUUGGAGAGACCAAGAUCAUUUCUCAAGCAACCGUUGAUAAAGCUGUACUGCGAUUCAUUGUAUACAGUCUCCAACCUUUUAGCGUGGUUGAAAAAGAUGAAUUUAAGGGCCUGAUUCAUGACUUGCAGCCUAACUCUACUGUACGAUCAAGAUCAACCAUCUGUGCCAAGAUAGAGGAAGCUGCAGGAGGAAUGAAGAAAAGUGUAACAGAAGCCAUGAGUGGGGUGGAAUACAUCUGUACAACCACUGAUUGCUGGAGUUCAAGGCGGUGCAGCUUUAUAGGUAUGACAGCGCACUGGACUGACCCAGACAAUCUACAACGAUGCUCUGCAGCACUUGCCUGUCGACAAUUAAAGGGGUCGCACACGUUUGACGUACUUGCAGCUGCGAUUCAUGACAUACACACUGAAUUUGAGAUCAAUGAAAAAGUUGUCUGUAUAACAACAGACAAUGGAUCAAAUUUUUUGAAAGCCUUUCGUGUCUAUGGAGGUGAGAACAUACACGGCAACAACACAGAAAGUGCAACAGCAACCCCAUCAGAAGAUGAGGAUGAAUCUGACACUCAAGAUGAGGAGAAAUGUGAGGAGAUUGAAUAUGUUGAGGUUGCUGAAAUUCUAGCCAAGGAUGAUCUUGAAUUUCAUUUGCCCAAGAAUCAACGUUGUGCUUGCCAUCUUCUGAAUCUGGUUUCCACCGUGGAUGUUGACACUGCUCAAUCGGAUGAAACAUACAAAAGGUUAUCAAGAUCAUCCUUCUCCAAAUGUUGGGCCUUGUGGAACAAGAGUGGCCGGUCCAACAAAGCUGCAGAGAUGAUGGAAGAGGAAUGUAGUAUGCAGUUAAUUCGUCCAAAUGCCACACGAUGGAACUCUUUGUUUCUUUCAGUGGAGAGGAUCCUGAAGAUCAUGAAGGAAAAGGGAGAUAGUGCUUUCUGGAAUCUCUGUGCGGAAUUCAAAAUCCCUAUGUUCACUCCUGCAGAAAAGGCCUUUCUUGGGGAAUAUGUCACAGCUAUGGCCCGUUGCCAAAGCGAUUAAUAUCUUGCAGGGAGAAACCAAUGUGCUCAUGGGCUGGCUUGUACCAACACUCAAUGUCAUGGUUUCCAAACUAAAACGAGCCAAGAUAUCCAUGAAACUCUGCAAGAGCCUGGUAGAUGCAAUCCUUGCAGGUGUGAACAAGCGCUUUGGUGACAUGCUCAAUGAUCCUGAGCUGAUUGCGGCUGCAAUCCUGCUUCCAAAGUUUAAAACUUAUUGGACAACUGAUGCUGCCAUCCUCAAACUUGGUUUGUUGACACAGGCAUAUAAAACUAAAUGAAGAGCAGUGACAUGCUAAUUAGUACAGAUUUUUUUUAUUUUUUUAUUUUUUAAUAAUUGCAAACUGAUUUUAGAACAAACUUACCCAUUUAGAUGGAAUAAUGGGUGUUCUAGUAUUGUAUAUAAUUUGGGGACAUUUGGCAAUAUUCUAUAUAGUUUUAUCAGUAAUGUGUGAAAUUUUUGGAACCGUGGAAUGCUGAGAUAAUAUAUUUAAACUGAAUAAGUGCAUAUAAGCUUAAUAAUUUUAAAAGCACUAAAAAUGCUUUUGAAUUAAUUUUUAAAUUGUUGCAGAAACAUUUCCAAAUGUGUAUUGUAUUGUAGGCCUUGACUACAUAAAGGGAAAUAUGGAGGAGAACUGUCAGCUUACAAGUGAUUCCACUUCAUCAGAGGAAGAGGAUUUCUUCAAGCCAUUGAAGUCAUCCCAGGCACAACAAGACCCAGCAGUGCUUGAUGGCUAUCUGACGUG